UGGUAAAAUUACAACAUGCUUUCCGGUGUCACGAAACAAAGAAGCAGGUUGCUGGAAAAGGCUGAGGAAAAAUCCUUCUGUUCCUGGAUGAAGAUGGUCGGUGCCCUGCUGGUGAUGCUGUGGCUGUGCAUGGUCCCCUUCUGCAGCAGCUCUGAACGCUGUGAUGACUGGGGCGUGGACACCAUGAAACAGAUCCAGAUUUAUGAUGGGGAACCUGCCAAGAUCAAAUGUCCGCUUUUUGAGACCUUCUUGAAGUACAACUACAGUACAGCCCAUUCUGCUGGCUUAACCCUGAUCUGGUACAGGAUUGGGCAGGACCGUGAUCUGGAGGAGCCCAUUAACUUCCGUCUCCCGGAUAAUCGCAUCAGUAAGGAGAAAGACACCCUUUGGUUCUGGCCUGCUCUUCUCAAUGACACAGGGAAUUAUACGUGCAUGCUCAGAAACACAACCUACUGUAGUAAAGUUGCCUUUCCCUUGGAGGUUGUUCCAAAAGACCAAGACUCUUGUGUGAGCCAUUCAAUAAAACCCACUGAGCAGAAGUUCUACCUGGAGCAUGCUAAUGAGAAGAUCAUAUGUCCAGAUAUUGAUGGGUUUUUCCCUGCUAGUGUGACACCAACUGUCAAGUGGUACCAGACCUGCAAGUUGGUGGAUGGCUUCAACAACAGAUACCCCCAAGGGCCCAAGCUUGUCAUUAGCAUUGUCCGCAGUGCGUAUGAAGGGAAUUACACUUGCAUUGUGACAUUCAAGGACCACGGAAGAACGUAUAAUCUCACCAGAACUGUAAUGAUGAAGGUGGUGGGAUCUCCGAACAAGGCCUUGCCACCACAGUUCACGUCCCCAAAUGAGAAAGUCAUCUACGAACUGGAAGCAGGGGAUGAGCUUGUUCUGUCCUGUGAGGUCUUCUUCACCUUUCUGAAGGACUCCCGAACAGAGGUGUGGUGGACCAUAGAUGGGAAAAACACAGAUGACAUCAUGGACCCCAAGAUAAAAGUCACACAAAGUGAAAUUAUUGGGCGUUUUGAAGACAAAACUAUCAUAAGGACUCUAACAGUUGCAAAAGCCACACCAGAAGACUUGAAACGAAAUUAUACUUGCUAUGCCAGAAAUGCUAGAGGGGAGACCUAUAGCCAGGCCAUAGUGCGCAUGAAAGUUAUAGCACCGAAGUACACCGUGGAGCUGGCCUGUGGACUGGGAGCAACCAUCCUGCUCGUUGUUGUGCUGAUCGUUGUCUAUCACGUCUACUGGCUGGAAAUGGUUCUCUUCUAUCGGGCUCAUUUUGGAACAGAUGAAACCGUUCUAGACGGGAAGGAGUACGAUGUGUAUGUGUCCUAUGCACGCAAUGCGGAGGAGGAGGAAUUUGUGCUGCUGACGUUGCGGGGAGUCUUGGAGAACGAGUUUGGGUACAAGCUGUGUAUCUUCGACAGAGACAGCCUCCCUGGGGGAAUUGUCACAGAUGAAACCCUGAGCUUCAUCCAGAAAAGCCAACGCCUGCUUGUUGUCCUGAGCCCCAACUACGUCUCACAGGGGACACAGGCCCUGCUGGAGCUCAAGGCUGGUCUAGAGAAUAUGGCCUCCAAGGGCAACAUCAAAGUCAUUCUAGUGCAGUACAAAGCCAUCAAGAAGAGCACAGUGAAGGAGCUGAAGCAGGCCAAGGCAGCCUUGACUAUCAUUAAAUGGAAAGGCGAGAAAUCCAAGUUCCCAAAGGUCAGGUUCUGGAAGCAGCUGCAGGUGGAAAUGCCAGUAAAAAAAAUUGCUACAAGUUCAAGCUUUCAUGGGAAAGACCCCUCAUAUGUUUGACAUCAUCAAAAAAGUAAACAAAAAACAACACAAAACAAACAAAGUUAGGCUGGGGAGGGGGAAGGAGCUCAGGUUUUGCCAUGAAAGGCCUCUGGUUAUGCUUCUCUGCAGCUUUUCUACUGCCCUGGCAGUAGAAAGACCAGAGUGCAUACACCACCUCUCUGCAAAUGGCACACCUUUGUAAUCAGUUGCACCAUCCCUGGUCUCAGUCUGAAUUUGGGCUCUUGGGGUGGGGUGCAGCUAGCACCUUGUGGUAGCAUGGCAUUUUUACAGGCCAGUACUCUUCUACCCUGUUUCUCUCGGGCAUUCCUUAGCUUCCAGGACAGGGCUCCUUUCCUCUCAUCAGUGGCUUUGCUCCUUCCUGGCUAUUGGUCCCCAUAGCAGAGCAGGGGGUGCAACUUAACUGGUGUUUCCAAAAUAGAAUCUUUCAUGUGUGUCCCAGCCCUCUAGUCCCCCUUUUUUUUUUUUUUUUUUAAAUAAAGCUCUGCUAGGUGCUUUUUGUAUUGUAGCAUUUCUACUAACAAGUGGUCCAUCUCUAGGACACUGCAGUCUUCCAAGUAUCCUAAAUCCUUUAGGGCCGUAACGCUCAUAAUCCAGGGACAAUCUCUCAUUUGCACAGGCCAUGGAGCAUGUCUGAGAGAUGCUUCUUUGUAGCGUAAACUCAGGGACUUCACAAGCACUGCAAGGAACCCCGAUAUACUACUGAACCUGCCUGCCGUCUCUGAGCUGCUGGCUGGGGGAAAGCAUUGUGCACGGUGCUGCUGGGGACUCUGGGAUGACACUGGAUAUAUGCCCAACUCCCCAGGGAGCCCUGCAAACUUACUUGAGCUUACUGAAGGCUCUGUCCAGCUGGCUAAGACUUGGCGUGCCCUGCCCAGCUGUGAACAGCAUCACUGUUCGUCAUCUGGGGCUGAGGUUUAAAAUAGCCUUGGUUUUACAGAACCUUUACCUGUCUUGUUUCCAAACCUGAGUUGCAGAACAGAGGAUGCAUCUCAGCUUUUGCAACCUUUGCACAAAAUGGAAAUGCAGAAACCACUGAGUACCAGUCCUUGCUUCAAUAGAAGGCAGCAGGCCUGGGAAAAGAUGUGGUGGGUUAAACCCCAGCUGCAAGGACAGGGGUGUCCCCUCCCUUGUAGGACAGACCAAACCACAGUGGGACCCUGGCAUCGACUGGUACUGUUGUUCACAAUAUAUUCACAUUAAUACUACAAGCUCCAGGGGUGCCUGUGCUCCUGUAGCUCCCCAUGCAUGGGCCUUCCCACUUAAUUGUGGAAUUCAGCACUACGCACACUACGUGCAUGCUUAUCUUUUGUAGGUAAUGGUUACUCCUGAGUCACCUCUGACUCAUGCUUUCACUCUGCUGGGGUCCAGCAGGUGAAGUGUAGCCAUUGUGAAUGGCAUUAAAAAGCACUAUGAUGUGGAGUCUAUGCACUAUUCACUCAGUGAGGUUUGAGGGUGUCCUGGUGAGCAGCCCAGCCUCAACAGUGUGGGUCUGAAUCCUGGCUUCAGCAAAGCGCCCUGCUCGUAGCAUCUCAUGAUUAAUAAUAAGUAUGCUGGGGCAGUUGGCAGCCCCAGCCGCCCAUGUCAUUGGGGAAGGUACCGUACAAACGUGGAACACAUAGCCAUUUCUUCUUUCUCACCUCCCUCUCCAUCCCUUACCCACUCUUCUCCUCCACCCCCAAAUAAGCUUUUCUUUAAGCAAGUGAAAAAUUGCAGUCAGCCUCACUACAGGUUGUGGAGCUCCUCGUCUGCUCAGAGUGCAUCAAAGCUUUGCUGUCAAUGAGCCUUUUCCUGUGGCUGUCUGUGGAGGGGCAGAGCUGCUUCCCACACUCCAGAAAGCUUCAUUUGGAUGAGGUACCACCCAGGGCCAUGCUAAGCUUUGUGAACCCAUUGCAACAGCAUUAUUUUGCCCAGCUUCCCCUUUGCUUCAGUGAUUUCAGCAUCCUUGUAAUCAGCUGCCAGAUCUGCAGGCAGAGGGAAGGCCCUGAGGCUGAAGCAGGACCGUGUUAGAUUCCAGUUUGAUUGUUAAAAAAAUAACUCAAAAAUAUGUGUAAGUUCAAUUAACAUCCCAGAUCUCACCACAUCACACCACGCUUUUGGCUGAGGUACCAAGAGAUCUGCUGAUGUUUCAGUAGGUCUGAUUAUUUUAAGAAAUAAAAUCCACUUCAUUUAUUACGCUGACUUUGUUCAGUUUUCCAAAUAAGCAAGGGACUGGGUCUUUCCCUGGCAUUCAUAGCAGCAGCUUUUGGUGCCACUGCAACCCCAGAAGAGACAUCAGCAAAACACCCCCAGGCAGAAGGCGCAGUGGUGUGAAGGGGGCCUGAGGAGUGCUGGUUCUGGCGCUGCUCCCCUAGGAGCAUCGCCGUGGACUUCACUGGGAGCUGCCAGGCCAGGCAUAGACCCCAGUCCCUGCUGUCAUGCUGAUCUGACCUGCCCCUCAGGUACGCCAGCCAUUCCAUCCAGUGCCACCUGUGGCUUCCAUGUGAGGCUUCUGUUGCAGCCUCUGCCCAGUUUCAGUUGAUUCAUUUGCGUCUCCGUGCUGUGACCUAACAUUUAUCAAUAUGCAGCUCAUACAAAGUUCCUCAUUGUUCUUUCAUGAGGCAACAGCAUUGCAUGAAUUGGAAAGAAUAUUUAUCUCCCUGUGCCAUUUGAUGUCUUACAGCUGUUCCAGAGUUUUCCCUUCUCUUUCCUGUAUGUUUUUGCCUUUGUGUUAUUUGGUCUGUGAAGUGUCAGUAUUAUUUUAUUUUGCUUUUCAAUAAAACAUUUUCACUUUUGCAUUUCA